UUGUCAGCGGGGCGGGCUCCGCCCCUCCUCCCCGGCUGCGGGGGGGGUGGGGCAUAAUUAGUAGCUAACUUGUGUGAGGAGUCGUCGCCUUCUGCCUGCCUCCCGGGGGAAGGGAAGAGUCAGUGCGUGCCCCACUUGUUUGUGUGUGAGGGAGGGAACCAGAGACUGUGACUCGCCUCGCCCCGACCCCUGGCUUGGAUUGUGGUGUGUUGAGGCCUCCGCCCAAGCGAGGCUGAGGGAGACGCCCUGCCUGCCUGCCUGCCCGCCCGGCUGGCUGGCUGAGUAAUUCGCGCGCCCCUCCCUGACCCGACCCUUCCUCCCUCCUCCCUUCCUUCCCGCCCUCUUGGUUACCCUGCCGGCCAAGGGAGCCUGGCAGAGCUAGCGGCGCCGGCGUCAUGUGACAGCGCUGCCUAGUGCCAGGAGCCUGCCUGAGUGGGGGAAGCGGAGAAGGCGAGAGAAGCACUCAGACGGACCGGCGGGCGGACGAGCUAAGGUGUUGCUCUGUGCAAACAAGGCAGAGGCACGCACACACACGCAGGCUCCGGCGGCCACACUGCCGCUCGAGAGGAAGAAGAACCCGGCCCUCCCUCUUUCCUUCACGGGGACGCACGCAAGGGGAGAGAGACACACAGAGAGAAAAGUUCUUUGGUUUUCCACGCGAGACAACAACGCCCUGUCCCCCCACUAACUUCUGGAGCAACUUCUGUGCCCAGUUGAGGGUUAGUGGCGCCGCAUAGCUUCGCUUGACAAGUAAAAAAAUACAGACUUGAAGAAAAUAUUUGUAUGUAAAACAGAAACUAGCCUGUUUGAGCAAAGGCCCAUCUAACAACCUUGUUGGAAAGGCAGAAACCCUUGGGAGCAGGCAGUCCUUCAGGUAUCCAGGACCCAAACUGUUAAGGGCUUUAAAGAAUCCUGGACAGCAAUAUCACAAGAAGAGUUGACUAAGAAAAUGCUAAUGUUUGACCCUGUCCCUAUCAAACAAGAAGCAAUGGAACCAGUUCCAGUGUCAUUCAGCUCUAGUUACAUGGAUCAAAUAAAACCCAACAAAUAUGGUGUCAUUUAUUCUACACCAAAUAUGAUGCCUAGCAAAUUCUACCAGAUUCCAGAAGGAUUAUGUAAUGGAGUCCAAGUGGAGCCUGUUGAUCUCACAGUGAACAAGCGGAAUUCACCACCUUCAGCUGGAAGUUCUCCUUCCCCUCUGAAAUUCCAGACUAUACACAGGAGAGGCUCACCUGGAUUAACUCUGCACUCACCCAGCCCACCAAUGAAGAAAUUGACGCCACCUGGAAUACAGCCUUUCACUAUGCCAUUAACUAUCCCUCCAGUGAUGGCAGCUCUUUCGCGCCAUGGACUUCGAAGCCCUGGGAUACUUCCAGUUAUACAGCCAGUUGUAGUACAGCCUGUCCCUUUUAUGUAUGCUCCUCACCUCCAACAGCCUAUUAUGGUGUCAACAGUUCUCUCGGAAGAGCUGGAAAAUCCAAGUAGUGUGCCAGUUCCUGUCAUUGAAUCUUAUGAGAAGCUAACAUUAAAGAAAUCAAUUAAAGUAGAACCAGGCAUGGAAUCCCCCAAGAAUGACUACUAUCCUGAACAAAUGUCCCCUCCGUUGAUUACCUCAUUGUCACCCACCCACGCAAUGCUUCAAGAGAGUCACCCUUCAGUUAUUGUUCAGCCUGGAAAGAGGCCUCUACCUGUGGAAUCUCCUGACACACAAAGGAAGCGUAGAAUACACAGAUGUGAUUACGAAGGCUGCAACAAAGUUUACACUAAAAGCUCCCACCUAAAAGCUCACAGAAGAACACAUACAGGUGAAAAGCCUUACAAAUGCACUUGGGAAGGCUGCACAUGGAAGUUUGCUCGUUCUGAUGAACUAACACGACAUUUCCGGAAACAUACCGGAGUCAAACCAUUCCAGUGUCCGGACUGCGAUCGUAGCUUCUCUCGCUCUGACCAUCUUGCCCUUCAUAGGAAACGCCACAUGCUUGUCUGACUCCUUCUUCAGCUUCUCCAUAUUUCCUUCCUUUUUUAUUUUAACCUGUGCAUUUUAAUUUGGAUUCAGCUGGCCUGGAUCUCUGGAUUUAUAGCUUUGAAACCUUCCCUAUGGUCAGUAAUAGAAGUUUGCUUGGCUCUUCUUUGCCCUUGCCACGGGUCAGACCUAAAGAAUGUGAAUACUUUUUCUUGGGGAUGCUAAGCAAACCCUGCCUGCCAGCAAGUAGAUUAAAUGUCUGUGAGACUAAAGGGAUCUUGUAAUCAAGCUGAUUAGUUUUGCCAUGUAAUCAGCCAGCAUAUAUUGAUCAAAAUAGUCACUGUUGGAAAUCCAGCCUGCUAGUCCUUGCCAGAGACUCUGUGUACCCUGUGAAGGAUGCACGUCUCCUUUUUAUGCCCAGCAAUGCAAUGAAUGGACUCUUUCCGACAUGGUUGGUUAUAGAAGCAUAUUCCACAAGACACUUUUUUUUAUUUUUAAAAAAAUCUACUUAGGAUUGAAUGAAAUAUUCUUAACUGAUGAAUGGUUAUCAGCAGAUUUUGUCAGUGUAUAAUGUACAUCCUGACCAAUGUUGCCUUUCUCUUUUGUGGAGUUGUAUACAAUGCUAGCUUGUGUUUACCUGGUAUAGUGCCUCAGAUUCAUUAAGCAAACACCUUCGUGUGAUAUAUGUAAUCUGUGUUUUGUGUGCAACUGUAUGAAUGGAACACACAUGGUACUUCUGUGAUGUGGCAUUCAAUGAUACAUACAAUAAUCUACCUCACUGAGGAGGUGUGGUAGGUAUAGUCUUUUCUCAUCACUCCUCUAUUUCUUGUUGCCUAAAAAUCCUCUGCACUUCACCUGGCAUAGCUUAGAAACAGUAACUAUUUCAGCAAAAUGAACCAGAUCAGACCACGGUUAGAAAUCAAUUCCAUCAGAGACACUAACGUAUUUAUAAGAUAAUUAAAACAAAAAUCUUAAUGAAGCACUUCUGUACAGCUCAAAACUUGUCAGAGAAUAUUACAAACGGAAAAGGUACUUUUUGAUCUUUUUUUUUUUUUAAGUGGGUCUGUUGCCCUUAUGUGCCAAGUUCAACAGGAGGUCUUCAUGAAGUUUCCUUAAGUGUUUUGUAGUGGGACAUCUACAUAUCAGUGUUUAGCUGCAUGUGGAAAUAUACACUAAAAUAAAUUCAACCAGGUUAAUUAUAUUCAGUAUCUUCUAGAGAUGUUACAUAGGUCCAUUGGAAGAUUUUAAGGAAUGGAGGCCAGCACCAAUAAGUGCAAGCUACAAAAGAGGAAAAGACUUCAGAAGGCACUAGGAAACAAUUUCAUUUACCCAAAAUGUUUGUGUUUGAAAUCGGCUACUGAAGUAAAACAACGGUUCUUCAAGGAUAAAAUGGUGCAUCGUUUACUAUCUACUAUACAAUGAGUUGUACCCAAAGAAAGUUGAUCAUGUCUAACACCAUAGAAAUGAAUGAGACAAGUUUUUUGUUUCUCAGCUCCCAUUAAAGUGCAUGGGACUUAGUCGUGACUAACUAUUUUCUGCUACAACCUUGUGUGUUGGAUGUCAAUAAUGCAUUUCAACAAACUGUUUCCUAUCACUAAUUGCAGUUCUGUCCCAUCAUGUUUGUGGUGUAUUUGGUUUAAAUAGUAACUUUAUAACCCUGGUACUGCUUAGCUCGCUCCCAAUGACAUAAAGUCCUUAAUUUUGGCUAGAUCAUGUCUAUGGUGUUUACUGCCAUACUUCCUACAUCUGGACCUUGCACAAUUUUUUAAAAAAUUAAUAUUGUAUAAAUCCAGAAUAACUUUGAGCAGCAAGAAGGCUUUUUAUUUUCCCAUGUCCUGUCUUACAAAACAAAUAUUCACAGAUUUUUUGAGUGAGACUUUAGAAAGAAAAUUAGUAACUUUUUAAGCCCAAUACUUUUGAAGUCUUAGGUAAUUCCAUCUUAAGAAAUGGGGCAUGUUUGCUUUAAUACCCAUUUAAACCUCUACUGAAACUCUGCAGGCCAUUCCACAUCCAUGUAAAUGGAACAAUACAUUCACUUUUUGUAUUGCCAGGUAAAACUGGAAAUUAUGCUUUGGUGUGGUGGUGGGUUUUUUUACACUGAAGCGCCCUCAGUUAUUAAUCGGGGGUGGGGGCGGAAUAGAAUGGGGACAUUUUACCUCAACUGGCAGCAACUUGAGUAGGUUUUGUAGAGCAGAGGAAAUCAUACCAAAACUCUAAACACAUUCUUUGAAUUUUUUUAAAGUAAAGUUAAACAUUUAUUUAAAUGUUCAUACAUUAAAAAUUUUAGUGACUACAAUACAAAUUGCCAGCUAUAUUUAGUAACUGGAAUAGAAUGCGACUUGGAGCAUUUAGCUAGCUGAAUGGGUUUUUUAAUCCAUUGCAUUACAGAUGUUUAGUUGCACUUGGUUCAUAGUGCCUCUUGACUGCAAUAACACACACUGCAGGUUACCUCUUCUUGAGCUCCUCAUAUGUUAUUCAGAUAUGCACGUUCCUAAUUUUUUUGGCAAAAACAUUUUCUGAAGCUUUAGGGUUUAUUUUUCCCUCACAAAACCUUUCGGGUGUACCCCAGAAAAAUAUAUGGUCCCAAAGUUGAGUUGCCCAUUAUGUGCUAGAUCUAAUUAUCUUUAAGGUUAAUGUUUGAGGGGGUUUGAGCAAAACCAUGGCUUGAGAUUCAAACAGCUACUUCAGCAUGGCCAAGAGCUGGCACACGGUCACUGAGAUUUUUUACUUGUUUUUCUUUGAGCUGUUGCUUUACUAUCCCUAGUUUGAACCAGAAAUAGCUGCUCCGUUGCCGCCUAAACUACUUUUGUAGUUUAAAAAUUGAUUUUUCAUGCAGUUGAGGAUAGAAGGCUGCUGUUCAGGAAACACAAGUCUGAAGCCACCAUGGCAUAUGGAGAUAAUUCUGGACUUUAAAUGGUGACCAUAGGCUACAUCUGCUUCAAAUUUAAGAAUGGAAGCUGCUGUCCUAGAACAUAUUGCACCCCUAAUUGAGACUACAGUUAAAGAGACUACAGUUAAAGAGUUCACAGUCCCCUACUGGGUUCCAUGGGAGCAGUACUUGAUGCUUUCCACAGUAAGUAGCAGCUUGAAACAAUACAGAAAACAGUCCGGUUGGCACUUUAAUCCUGUGGCAGGCAAAAUUGGGUGUGGGGAGAACCUAUGUUCAAAAAACGUUGGCAGUUCUAAGAGGUGCAAGCUCUUCCUCUAACUCUUCUUUUCCAGAUUCUAGCACAUUCUUGAAUAUAACGGGAAACAAUCAUACCAGACCCUUUACAGUCUGUGCUUGCACACAAAUUGCUUGUGUAGCUUUGGUGCUGGAGUCUCUCUCCAUUUUCCAUCACUGUGGUUUUUAGGAUAGAAUGUCAGACACAUAACCGGAGAAAUGUUUGCUACUACUUGUCUUCUCUUGGAAGUGGGGAGUAGUCUCUUGUGAGUGAGAUGGGGGUGAUAUUGGAAGGAGAGUUAAAAUCUUUGUUUUGAGUUAGCAAGUAAGGAAGGAUCACAUAUUUGAGGGGAAGCACUUUGCAGUCCAAACAUUAGAAAAGAAGGCUUACCACAGAAUUGUGUCUCUAAACAACCCUUGUGCACUAGCAGCACUGCACUGUACAGAAUGCAAAUUCCGGGCUACUGUUUUUUUAUGUCUCAUUAAACAGCAUUAUGAUGGAUUGUUCCUUUCCAGUAUGGAUCAUUCAAGGUGAAGCCAAUAUUUCUGCAAUGUCAUUUUAAUGUAGUUCUGAAAAAACAAAACACUGUAGUUCUGAAAAAAACAAAACUCUCUAAUACCAGAAUUUUGUUCAGUCUUCUUUGUGUUUUUGUCUUCAAGCUUAGCAAGGUCAGGUGCGACUCUUCCUUUUAAACAGAAUUGCAAAAGUAUUUUACACAUAUUAUUUGAAAAGGGCUAUAAUAAUUCCCAUUAUGUUUUACAGAUAUUAGCACUUUCUUGCUAUUUAUGUAUUUUAAAUGUUAGAGGGUCAAAAUAAUCUUCCUGCUUGCCAUCUCUUAAAACUUUACCUGCAAAUGUAGCAGGGAUAUUACAUUUACUUUAAUACUUGUAUAAAACUAUGCAGAAUUUUUUUAAUGAAAUGUAAUAUAUUUUAUAAGCUAAUAAUUGGGUAAUAGAAGGUUUCUAGCAUGCAUUCCUAUCAUUUGCAGAUACUGAAAACAUUUUGGUAAUCUUUCUCACUAAAGAUGUGAAUGUUUAAUAUACCUUCACUGUUUCUACUUUAGUAGUCCAAUGGGAAUUCAGUAAUGACAUUUUGUCAUGUCAAACUGUGAACAUAAACGUGUACUGUACAGUCCUCAUAUGUUAUAUAUAUAUAUAGUAUACUAUAUGUAUUAUACUUGUUAAUAAAAAUACUACAUGUCAA